AUGUCUUUGAGCAAUCUUAAAUACCAAUUCCCAGUUCAUCAAAUUAUAUCCCUAAAUAUAAACACAAUCCAACUUGCUCUUCUGAUAAUAGGAUUGAUUAAAUUCCUCUUGCUCCGCAUAAUCCUCGACCGAAAAAGGAUUUCCCAUUUUUUCGUGAAAUUUAAAUCUCAUUUCUUGAGUUCCGAUUCAACCCUAAUAACCGAUAAUAAUUUCGAGCAAUCCCCCGAGAAGAAGAGAGUCGAUCAUCAUGAAUACGAUAACGAUCGUAUUUUCUGCAGAGAAGAGACGGAGAUUGUUUUAAGAAGCUUAGGAAUGUUGAUCGGAAAUGGUGGCGAAGAAGAGGGAUCGAAGAAUAUUCCGGCGAGAUUGGACGUAUUCGAGAUUUUUGAGGAGGAGAGAAAACCGAGGUUGGAUGACGUGAAAGAAGCUUUCGAUGUGUUUGAUUAUAACAAAGAUGGAUUCAUCGAUGCGAACGAGCUUCAAAGGAUUCUAUGCGCUCUGCGUUUGGACGAAGGUUCGGAGAUUGAGAAUUGCACGAGGAUGAUUGGUGCGUUCGACGAAAACGGAGAUGGAUUCAUAGAUUUCGAUGAAUUUGUCAAAUUCAUGGAAAUUAGCUUUACUUAA